GCCGAGCGGGGGUCGUGCGGCUCCGGCGGCCCGGCCGGCGUUUCCGGAGAUUGCCGAGGGGCUUCGGCCCCUCCCCAGCCGCUGCCGAGCCCGUGACCGAGGCGCUCCGGUGGGCCGGAGCCCGCUGCGCCCGUUGGUGUAGUCGAGGCGUGGGGCUCGCCCUCCUGCUCCCCUCCCGGCUUCUCCUCCGGCAGCGCCGGGCGUCGCGGUGACAGAGCGGGGCGAUCGCGGCGGGGGGCGGCCGGGGCUCCGGCGGCGCGGAUGGCGGAGGGCGGCCAGCCCCCGCAGCAGCAGCAGCCACAGCCGCAGCUCCUGGCCGGCGGCGGCGCGGGGGCCGCCCGCGGCGUGAAGCGGGAGCCAGAGCUGGAGCAGCCCAUGCCCGGUGGGGACGGCGCCGAGGGCGGCCACAGCAAGCGGCUGCGGACGGAGGCGGAGGCCGACGGCGGCGGCAUGCAGAACGAGCCUCUGACUUCAGGUUAUCAUGGAUACCCAGCAAGAGACAAUCAAGGUAACCAGGAGCCAGCAGCAACUCCUGAUGCAAUGGUGCAGCCAUUCACCACAAUCCCAUUUCCGCCACCCCCACAGAACGGGAUUCCCACAGAGUAUGGGGUGCCACACACUCAGGACUAUGCAGGCCAGACCAGCGAGCACAAUCUGACACUCUACGGAAGCACGCAGCCGCAUGGAGAGCAGAGCACGAACACAGCCAGCACGCAGAACGGAUCUCUUGCACAGACAGAAGGAGGGGCACAGACAGAUGGACAGCAACCACAGACACAGAGCAGUGAGAAUACCGAGAGCAAAUCCACUCCAAAGCGACUUCAUGUGUCUAACAUUCCCUUCCGCUUUCGAGAUCCUGACCUUCGGCAGAUGUUUGGGCAAUUUGGCAAAAUCCUUGAUGUAGAGAUAAUCUUUAAUGAGCGUGGCUCGAAGGGAUUCGGGUUCGUAACUUUCGAGAAUAGUGCUGAUGCAGACAGGGCCAGGGAGAAAUUACACGGCACCGUGGUAGAGGGCCGUAAAAUCGAGGUUAACAACGCCACUGCACGAGUGAUGACCAAUAAGAAGAUGGUCACACCAUACGCAAAUGGUUGGAAGUUGAGUCCUGUGGUUGGAGCGGUGUACGGCCCUGAGUUAUAUGCAGCGUCCAGCUUUCAAGCAGAUGUCUCGCUGGGCAAUGACGCCGCAGUGCCCCUGUCAGGAAGGGGGGGUAUUAACACUUACAUUCCUUUAAUCAUUCCAGGCUUCCCCUAUCCAACUGCAGCCACCACAGCAGCCGCAUUUCGGGGAGCCCACCUGAGGGGCCGAGGAAGGACAGUGUAUGGGGCAGUCCGGGCGGUACCUCCCACAGCCAUCCCUGCCUACCCAGGUGUGGUUUACCAGGACGGAUUUUACGGUGCUGACCUCUAUUUGACUGAAGAAAUGUUAACAUCCCGCUCUAAAUCUCUCAGUGGAGUCUCUGUUCCCUUCUCUGAUAUAACAGAUGGGGUGGAUACGCAGCCUACAGAUAUGCACAGCCUGCUACUGCAACAGCAGCCACGGCCGCUGCAGCCGCUGCAGCAGCUUACAGCGAUGGUUAUGGCAGGGUGUACACAGCAGAUCCUUACCAUGCCCUUGCCCCUGCCGCUAGCUACGGAGUUGGCGCUGUGGCGAGUUUAUACCGAGGUGGCUACAGCCGAUUUGCCCCCUACUGAAGUGACGUGAGCCCCCUGCAAGUGGGACAGCCCCCCCAGUUCAUGAGGCCUGGCUAUUGCAAUAUUUACUAGUAGAGGAACUCUAUAGCAAGACGAGGAGGAAAAACAAAAACAAAACAAAAAAAAACAAAGGAGAAAAUACUUUUUUAUACCUCACUAUGUUCUUUGAAUAUGUAUUUUUUUUUUCCUUUAAAUUUCUGCCUUUAAUUCUUUUGUUCCAAAGAUUGUGCUUUUUUUUUCUUUUUCUGGUUUUUGUUUUUGUUUUUUGGGGUUUUUUUUAACUGUGGUAAAAAUAAUGCAUUUCCGUGUCUGUAUGUUGGUGCAUAGCUUAUCCUACCAAUCACGGAAAAGGCAAUUAGCGAUAAGGAAAGCUGUUAGAAACUGAUAUCAUGCAAUUAAUCAGGAACACGCAGACAGAGUUACUUCCCUGGGUCUGGUGCUUGGUGCCUGUGAGACAGGAGGACGUGAGGGAGAAGUCUCCACCUGCCGUGUUUCUGGUCUGCAGAAGGAAGCACUCUAUGGCUGUGGCUGGGACCUAAGUGCUGGUGGGAAAUAGUCAUUUACAUUUGGAAAUGGGGGAAAUGCAGAGACUUUCCUUGUUUUUAUCACCAUCUGACGCGCACAGGUUUGGGACAGUUUCAGCAGUGUCAGGAUUCUAGACAUGGCAAGAGAAGAUUUCCUCAACCUGCCCAAGGACUUUGGCUGUUACCUGCUGUAUAGGGGACAAGACUUUGAAAGGAGUUUUUGACGAGGAUGAUCUUUCCCACACACACCCCACAUAUUCUAGCUGAUUGUUGUCCGUUGCUGGUGGCUGUAAUUACCUUAGUUUUCCUUCCUCCUUUUCAAGAUCUUUCUCCCUUGCUGUCCCUUUCCUCCCCUUCAUUCCUCGAGGAGUGGCAGAUGCAGUGCAGCAUCACACAGAGAACCUCUGCUGUGGACAGCAAGUGGUUAAACUUGCAGAGGUGAAGCGCAUGCAGCCUUGCAGAGGAAGAAAGCUAGCAGAAGAACCAUGCUCCGAUGCACCGAGGUCCAGCGUACAAGGUCUCUCCUCCUGUUCAUCUUGAGCUGCUUAGGCGCCUCUGCAAGUAAUCUGUUUCAAAUAACAAGUGAGGAAACACAAGUAAUGUAUAAGCUGCUUGAGGUGAGGGACAGGCAUGUGGGUUUGUGUGGGGGAAGAGGGUCUUUUACAUCUAAACUUGAUCCUGAAGUAGUUUUGUUUCUGUCAGGAGUUUUAAGAGGAGGCAGAAGCAGUUUGUGCAAGCUCUGAAUUCAUAGGAAUUUCCCACCAUGAGCUAUUUCAGGCCCUUACAUAGUUGCGUUGGAGCCCCUGAGCCUGUUUUGCCCAGCCUCUCAUAGAAAGUUGUGUACCUGGUCUGCUGAGUCCGUAUAGACACUACAUAUUAGAAGAUUUGGAAGCAGAGAGACUAUUGAGCGGAAGGCUCCACGACUCCCAAGACCAUCUCCCUUCUGCUCUCAUGGACAGUGAUUUCGCUGUGUUUCAAAGUCAGCAUUUUUGGAUGACCAUGUGAGCUGUGCUGUGAUGGGGAGUUGUUUCACUCCAGACCUCCCUACUCAGCUGCUGGCUCCUAGAGUGCUCCCGGUAACCCCGUGCUCGGAGGCAGGGUCUCUAACCACAUGGCAGAGGAAUGCAGAAGCAUGGUUUGAUUAGGCUGCCUCGAUGGGUGCUGGGGUGAGCUCACUGCCCGCAGAAGGGCUGCCUGGAGUGUGGGUUUGUUGGUGGAGCCUCUUCCAACUCCUGUUGUACACCGGCUGCUCCAUCCGCCGCUGAUACCAGCAUAGGAAACCUCCUGCAUUUAACACUAAGCGAUGUCGACAGGCAGAGCUCCCAGGGAGGUGUCCUGGCCCGGCCACGCACAACCAUGAGUUUCUUUGCUCUUCCCCAGCGAUACACGUGUCCUCCCUGUGUGUGGCAGAGAGGAGGCACCUCAAAUGGGAAGAAUGGGGAAGCCAUUAGUUAAGCUAGAGACCCUGAAGCUAUUGAUUCUCUGGAGGAAUAGCUAGAUAAAGGGGACACCAAACUGCCAGCCUGUUGGCCACCUUUUGGGUUUGUUUGUUUUCUUUCUGGUUUUAUUGUUGGUUUUUAAACUUUUUUUUUUUUUCCCAAGCCAAAGUUUGGUUUGUUGCUGUUAUGACAAUUUUGUUGUUGUUUGUAUAUAAAUAUUUUAGUUAGCUUGAAAAUGGGGAGGGGGGAACAGCGUGUUGGGGCUUUCACAAAAUCUAGGAAAUGAGGGGGACUCAGGGUGUCUGGGGGCUUUUACUGCCUGAGUUGGGGUAGUGGGGAGCGAGGACUGGUGGUAGAAGUAGUCAUAUUCAAGGGGAGCCGUUUCCACCGCAGGGCAGCCAGGGGACUUCUGCAGCAGAAGUCUCUACUGGACUUGUUCUACCUACCUGUGAGCAGAGGGGCUGUGUGAGGCCGUCCCUUCCCUCGCCCGCAGGCAGUUCUGGUGCAGCAGGCUGUGAGCAGGAGGGCUGCAGCUUGCGGAGCCCGGCGGUUGCUCAUCCCUCUGCCCCUUUCCUACCUUUCAGUUCAGCUGGUUCUGACUGCCCCAGUGCCCUCCCCUGCCCUGGCAGUGCUGCCUGCAAUCCCCUCCCUGCCCCUUGGCCUCUCUGGGCAUAGGGAGGCCAGCCCCGUUUCUGCCUCUGAGCAGUCUAUGCAUGGCAGCUUCAGCCCACCUGAGUACAUUAGGAGAGUGAGGGGUUUAGUGCAGAAGCGCCCAACCUUUGCGGGGCCAUGGUCCCUUGCUGUAUAAUCUCCAAGAAAUACCUGCUCUAGACCAUCCAGCCUGAUUCCUCCUGUAUCCGAGCCCGGCCUGCUCCAGUCGCUCCCUGCCAGGCUCCUCCAGUGCAUUAGCCAGCCCGUGUCUCCUUGACUCCAUAGUUAAUGCUGCAAGGUGCCUGCUGAGGCAGCUCGCUGAUAUCCCAGCUUCCUGCUCGCAGCAGUGAGCUGCAGAGGGGAUGCCAGGAUGCUUGCAUGGCUGGGGGCUGGAGGGAGCUCACUGGUUCCAGGUGUCCGGAGCACCAGACCUCCCAAAAACUUGCAUGUCAGCUGGAAUUUUGAGUGAGUGUUGGGCCAUGGUGGGAGAGCUCUUCAGCCUUUCUUCCCUCUUGGCAAACAACAGCUCUGGUUUCACUCAGAUGUGUUAUGAACUGGUUUGAUAUGCAUUCAGAGUAACCAAGCCGUGGCUAUAUCCAUCUUCUGAAGAAGUGAGGACAAAGCCUAUAUCUCCCUAUGCAAAAUUAAUUACACUUAAUGAAUUAAACUUAAUGAAUUAAACUGGGCCCUGGCUUAUUUGACCAAUGGCAGCUAGUGCUUGCCCUGAGAUGGGUCUGCAGCCACAGGUCCCUCGCAGAGCAGGGCUUGGCUUUCCGAGGGAAACCGCACAGGCAGCCUGGCAAAUAGCUUGCUGUGUGUCACCUUCUAGUCUGGUGGCAUCUGGGAUUCCUCUUGACGUAGAGGAAAAGAUGUUUCUUUAAGUGUUGCUGUUUGUACUGUCUUGCAAUAGGUCUGGCCAGCACAUGAUAUUAUACUGAUAAAAUUUUGGAUUGAAGAGUUGAUUUAUUUAAUGUGCUGGUCUGUCUUUCCUUGUGGGUACAGUUGUGCUGGUACAAAGUUGACUUCUACUCGUAUAGCAUAUUCUCUACUGGGAAUAGGUUAUAUUGAUGCCCAGCAUGUUAACAAACCGUUGUCACUGUCCCCAUGCUAGGGAGGCUGCACUGCUGUAGGUGGGUUAGCUUUUCUAAGUAAAGCCAUGACGGGACCUGGAGACAACGGGGAGCUCAGUAUGAGCCUGCUAGAGCCAGCUUUUCCCAGGUUAAGCAGUUAUGUGGAUCCUGUGUCAUGAGUUCAGAUAGACAAAGCCAUGUUUCAAAAUAGCUGUGGCUCAACUGUUUCAGUGCCCGAGAGAGAGCAGACUUGCUCAGUGAGAGGAGCGCUAGCUCAGGAGUCCAAGACCUUUGUUUUGGGCUGGGCUGUGUCAGUCAUCCUCAAGGGUCAUCAUGGAGCAGUCAUGUCGCUACUCUAGAGCUCGCUUCCCCGUCCCUGAAGUGAAGUGAAAGUAUAUCCCCUGUUCUCGCCCAUUUUGAGACCUUGUGGAUGUGAAGUGCACAGCAAGAGCUGAGGAGGGUUACCUGAAUAGCUGGCUCGAGUUCUAGUUGUGAAACGGUUAAUGAAACUGUUUCCUUGCCCCAAAAGAGAGCUGGCUGCUGGGGUUUCAGUUCCAGCACCCAGAGCUUCAGCAGCAGGGAAUACAAAGCUAAGCCUCCCAGCUCCCACCCAUCCCUAUGUGUACCUUCCCAUCCCGGCCCCAGAGGAGGAGGCAAGUGGAGAACGGGUUUGGGGAGCGCUUAGGAAUUCAAUAAAGGGAAACCCAGGCACCAGCUCUGGGGAGCGCCUUUGCUGAGUCUAGCUCCAAAGGGAAAGCAGCGGGCACAGAUAACCUGCUGCCUGCGGCCCUCCAGCCUGGCAGGGUCAGGGCAAUGCUGUCCUUGCUGCAAAAGGGUGAUUUUUCAAGUGUGUUACCUGUUUGCACUGUUUUGAAAUAGGAGGGGGGGGAGGGGGGGAAUAAAAAACCCCAACCUAGUGAACAAGAUGAACAUCCAAUGUAAACUUCGUGUUUUUAUUUUGACAUGCUCUUGGGAAAUGUCAAGCAUUUUGUAGUAUACACCAGUGAGACUUGAUUCUUUGUUGCAUAAAACACUAUUUUUGGUGAUGUUAAUGUCUGAAAAGCCCCUUCCCUCCACACUCACCUUACUGAUUGCCCUCUCCGCCCUCCAACCCUGGUUAAACUUCUCUUCUACAGUAAAAACUCCAGCCAACAAGGCAAGCAGGAGUCUGAUAGCCAGAGCGUGAAAUGGGGCCCUUGGCAAGUAGGCUCUGGGGCUUCCCACGCUGCCUCUUGACUUGUGGUAGAGCAAGAACACAUCAGCCAAAACCCUUGCCUGAUUUCACCAGGAGAUCGCUGGUGUCUGAAGCCGUCCACCCGCACAUUCACUUGGCUGGCAGUCAGCAAAGUGCCGGUUCAUCUUAGGAAUGGAUUUUCUUUUUUACUCUUCUUUUUGUUUGUUUGUUUGUUUGUUUGUUCUGAAGUGGGUCAGUAAAUCUCUUGCCAGCUUCCCGGCUCUCUGCUGCUGGAGGGGUUUGUUGCUUCCCCAAGGAGUGAGUUCCUUACAGAAUUUGGGCCUCUCCCACAUUAGUAGUCUCAGUUUUGGUCAUGUUUUUCUAUUAAUUUUUUUUCCUGGUCACAGUAUUUUGUGUGUGCGCGUGUUGUAGUUUCGGCUGCUCGAUUUGGCUGCGUUACCAAGUGACGAGAUAAUCCUCUUUUACCCCAGGGGAUGUGAUUUGGUUUUGGGAUUUUUCCUUUUCUUCUUUUUUUCCUUUUUUGUUUUUCCUUUUUUUUUUUUAUAUGAUAAAUCCCGCUUGUAAAUAGCUGGAGCUAAAACCUGGGGCUGAUAGCAGAUGAGAACCAGGGCUGUAGAGCGAUAUGGAGCUGGUGGAGUAUUUUACUGACCUCACAGGCUGAUCUACUUGAGACUUGGAGACGUUCAGUGCGAGGCUGAGAUGCCGCAGCACCUCCAAUGGCAGCGACGGACUUGCCCCUUCACGCGGUCUCCCCAGCACCUCCCAUUGCCAGGUACCGCCGGGGAACAGGACGUGUCCCCAGUGGGAUGCGUUCCCUUCCCCUGGAUCAUUUCCUAGGACGCCCGAGCCGCUUGCCCAGGGUCCCAUUUCCCUGCUGACUCUGGAGAAGCAGUAUCUGCAUCCCAGGGCUUUGUGACAGCCUCUAACUUCCCGCCCUCCCUCGUUAAGUAUCAUAUUGUAUAGUAGCUUUCAGACCAUACAGUAUUCAUUGGGUUAUUCCUAUUAUUAUCAAGUAGCUGGAAUUGUGAAGGUCGGAGUAGUUAGAUCUUUAGCUUUUAUUCCUUUUUUUUGUAUUACUAUCCAUGUGUAUAAAUUAUUGAUCAUGUUGCUGGCUUUUAUAAACUCUAAGCAAGGGGGGAAACCCUUCCUAACCCUUUGCAAAUGGUAAUGAAGCACUGUUUUUAAAUAAAAGAGAGAAACACCAGU